AUGGCCUCUAGACAACCUAUCGGGGCUUUGGCUAUUUGGAAGAAUGCUUUAACGGUAGCAAUAACAUGUGGUGUAUUUGCGUUAUUGCUUUCGCUUUUGGUUAUUCUCGUUAGAAUUUUAAGAAAGAACAAACCUCAAUCGGUCAAUUUAUCACUUCGUGCAAAAUUAGAAAUAUAUUUAGCAUACACUCAUAUUGGAGAAAUGAUCGAGUUCAUUCAAGUAGCUUUCAGUAUUCUUUCAGUAAUAUUAUUUAUAUAUGGUACCUAUCUAGAUGCAAAUAAACCACCAACCUUUUACUUAAUUUUAGAGCUGAUUUUGGUUUUCUUUUUUAUUUUGCAUUGGGCUUUGGACUUUUUCGUUUCAAAAGAUAAAUUACGAUAUUUAUUUUCAUUUUUUUCAAUUAUCGAUAUGAUUUGUGUAACACCAAUUUUAAUCGACCUUCAAAGUGGUGAUCUAUCAAAUCUUUUAAAUACUUUUCAAUUCCUUAGAGUAUUAAGAGUUAUAAGAAUCUUAAGACUUCAAAGAGUACUCCAUUAUUUUAAAAAUGGUAAAUUUUUUUAA